AGAUAAAGAUAAAUAAUAAAACAUACGAAAAUGGAAAAUUGGAUGACGCAAACUUUCACAGUAACGCCGAAGCGUACGAAUGCGUGCGGUACUGCUUCACCUUCAAAAUUUGAGAUGACUCGUUACUUAGCCCCUCUCUCUCUCCACUUCCACAAAUUUCUUGAAAUGUUUUGUAUGUAGUUCAUCCGGUUCUCCCCCAAAAUUUUAAUUAGUUGAAAUUACUGGUGUUUCUUUUUUGCUUAACAAUUUUUCUGUUAUCACUCUCUCUCUCUCUGUGUACGAGGCUGUUGGAAAAAUGGCUGGACAAGUUGUUUCAAAUCGACCUACAGCAUUAUUUGACUUCGAGCUUGUUGAAGGUGAAUCUGGUGACAGUACUAUCAUUGCUUCGUCUAACCAGAUUAACCCAUGGAUCGACCCAGCAACAAUUAAAUUGAGGCACAGGAUUGGAAGAGGGCCUUUCGGUGAUGUUUGGUUGGCGACUCAUCAUAGCAUGACUGAAGACUACGAGGAGUAUCAUGAAGUGGCCAUUAAGAUGUUACAUCCCAUAAAAGAAGAUAACAUUAGAAAUGUUUUGAAUAAGUUGGAUAAUUUUCUUUCCAAGUGUCAAGGAUUAGAAAACAUUUGUUGGCUGCAUGGACUUUCCAUUAUUAGUAAGAAAAUUUGCAUUGUUAUGAAAUUUUACGAGGGCUCGGUUGGGGAUAAAAUGGCUCGAUACAAAGGGGGAAAAUUGCCACUGAGUGAUGUUUUGAGGUACGGAGCAGAUCUGGCUCAAGGAAUAAUGGAUCUGCAUGCAAAAGACAUCUUUAUUCUCAACCUUAAACCUUUUAAUUUCCUUUUGAACGAGAAUGACAGGGCAGUCCUUGGGGACUUUGGAAUACCUUAUGUGUUUCUUGGGGUUGCAUUAACAAAUACAGAGAUGACUCGAAGACUUGGUACUCCCAACUACAUGGGUCCUGAACAAUGGGAACCAGAAAUAAGAGGUCCAAUAUCAUUCGAGACUGAUUCGUGGGGAUUUGGUUGCAGCAUUGUGGAGAUGUUGACUGGCAUUCUUCCUUGGAGUGGUAAAUCAGUCGAUGAAAUGUACAAGUUGGUUGUAAAGAAGGAAGAAAAGCCACAUAUUCCUAGUGGCCUCCCUCCAGCUGUCGAAAAUGUCCUUAUUGGUUGUUUUGAGUAUGACUUCAGGAGUCGCCCUAUAAUGGCAGAUAUAUUACAUGCAUUUAAGAGUUCGCAAAAUGCAGUUUACCAGGAUGGAGGCUGGAUGGGUCCUGGAAGUAGAAUGAUUAGGGAGAAACCAGGUGGCAGUGGUUAUACCGAGUGGUUCCUUGCUAAGGACCACCUCCAAGUGGGUGACAUGGUGCGAUCUAGGAAGUCACGGGGCUCUUGCAACCCUGAAAACAUGGAUGUCCCGGAGGGGACUGUAGUUGGUCUGGAACGUGAUACCGAUCAGGACGGAUUUGUGUUAGUGAGGGUACAUGGUAUUCACGAUCCGAUAAGAGUUCAUGUUUCCACAUUAGAGCGUGUCACAUUUGGAUUGGCUGCUGGAGAUUGGGUUCGUUUGAAGACAGAAGACAGAAAGCAUUCGCCUGUGGGCGUAAUUCAUUCAAUCACCCGUGAUGGAACUGUCGCUGUUGCAGUUAUAGGACUGGAGACUCUUUGGAUGGGCAACUACUCAGAGUUCCAGAUGGCUAAACCUUACUGUGUAGGGCAGUUCAUAAGGCUGAAAUCAAAUGUAUUUAGUCCUCGAUUUGACUGGCCUCGAAAAAGAGGUGGCGAGUGGGCAACUGGAAGAAUUUGUCAGGUGCUACCAAACGGCUGCCUUGCUGUAAAGUUCCCAGGAAGAUUAACAUUUAGCGAUGAAACCAGCAGUUUCUUGGCUGAUCCAGCUGAAGUGGAACUAGUAUCGUUCAACACUUGCCCUGGAAUGGUGAAGAAGUAUCAACAUCUCGAGGAUUUUCACUGGACCGUCAGGCCACUAUUGAUUGCAUUGGGGCUAUUUACGUCCAUGAAGUUUGGUCUUUUUGUUGGGAGGAAAAUUGGGAGAUCAAAGAAUAAGAAGGGACCGAAUCAUGCCGUCCAAAAUGGUCAAAACGCAGAUGGCUCGACUGCUGGCAACACUGCGUGGCGUCCUCCAAAAGUGACAAAUAUUUUCAGAUAAGGUGUGCAUCACAGGUAACUCCAGUCAUGUAAUGCUUGUAAACUUGCGGUAAUUCCUGCUAAAGAUCAUCAAGUAGCUUCUCGCAGGUUGGGAAAACCAGGAUUCUUAUCUUAGGUAUUGUUUCAGGUACUGAAUCCAGGCACUGGGAGUUUGUUACUCUAAAUAGAUGGUUCUUUGUUUUAUGAAUAUACUGUGAAAUUCAUGUAUAUGUUCAAUUAUCUGUACUUUGUUUGGCUGUUGGGUCCUAGUUUGUUGGCUUCACAUUUAUUGAAUAUGGUAUUAUCAUAUAAUCUGCGUGUUCUGUAGCUUUAACACAGUAUGAUUUUUUUCCC